AUAUUGACACAUGCCAUCCUUUGAUAAGUUUCUAACUCUUGUUAAUUCUGGUUAGGUUUUGUAUUAUGAUCCGGAUCUGGGAGGUGAACCAAUGAAUUUUCUGGAUGUUUUUCUGUACAGCCAAGCUUUGGAGGGAAUAGCAAUAUCUAUGAUUCUUGAAGCACCAAAUGAAGAGGAAGUUUCUCUACUCCUGGAAUUGUUUGGGUUUUGUCUUACUGGAGGGAAAGAAGUUCAUAAUGCUAUAGUGAGCAGUAUACAGGAUCUUGCAAAAGCUUUUUCAGGAUACCAAGAUGAAGUACUAGUAAGGGCCUGGAAUGUUUUGGUACACGUUGGGGAUUUAACUGUUAAAUGUGCAAGUUUGAGAAAACCCUAUGGAUGUAAAUCAGUACAAUAGUUUUUUGGCGGGUGG